GAGUGGGGGACAGCGACUCCAAGUAUCAGAACAAACUUUGGUAAUUAUCAUGAACUGAAUAUGAAAGUAUAAAUUUUCUCUCCAUGCCUUCUUGAGGUCUGCGUGUGGGUUUCUGCAUCGAACGGCAGGUGCGUCCUCUCGUCUCAAGCGUGCAAGCCUUGAGGCCAACAACACAGCCUCGCGCCGAACCAGUUAUAGAGAUGAGUAUUUCGUAUUUCUUCCACACAAACCUGUUCUGCGCCUCCACUCCGUUUUUGUUUCGCCUCGCCCGCUGCCCCAACAGGCAGCCCCAGGUCUCUCAUCCCGCGGGCAAUCCGCCAUAACCACUGGCCGCUAACGCCCCUCUUCGCUCUUCAUCCUCACCAUGGGCGGCUCGGCUUUUUCUUCGCUUCCCGAUCCCCCAUACACUCCUCGAAUGUCACGUUCGGUAUACCAGCACGUUGUCCCUGCAUGUCAUGCUGCGCUGCGGGAGCUCUUCGUCUGUGUGGCGACACCGAUUGAAGGCCCCGAGAAGAAAGACCAUGGAGACAUCGAUAUCCUCGUCGCUCUCGAGAGGCGCGUGGUAUUCCCAAAGGCCAUGGACCACCCAGUUCAGAGUCCUCCGCAUGAGUUGAUGGGCGCUGUCCAACGCGUCCUCCAUGCCAAGGAUGCCAUCAUCCACCCGACCGGGUCGUCGGCUAACUUGGCGAUACCUUGGCCUUCGAACAUGAACCCCGUUUUCGCCAUGCAUGAUGAGGCAUCCAUGAUGGAGGACUCUGCCACUAACCACGAGGAGCCAAGGGACAAGUACAUACAAGUCGAUGUCCGCAUCUGCCCGGAUGUGGACCAGCUCUGCUGGAUUCUUUUCAAGCAUGCCCACGGCGACAUCUGGAAUCUCCUCGGUAGCACCAUUCGGCCCUUUGGCCUCACACUCGACGAGGAAGCACUCUGGCUGCGCAUACCGGAGAUCGAACAGUUCGACCGCAAGAAGGCGAAGGUGUGCCUCAGCCGCGAACCCGUCGAGAUCCUGCACUUUCUAGGGAUGAAGGUGGAAGGCUUCUGGGCUGAGCCGUUCGAGUCCGUGGAUGCCCUCUUCGACUACGCGACGACUUGCCGGCUGUUCUAUGUCCGAGCAACACCUGACGACGACGCAGACGCCGACGCGGCCGAAGCCGGUGUCAUUGGUGGGGAGGAAGGACGGAAAAAGCUCAGGUCGAAUGAUCGACGGCGUAUGAAGGGCCGCCCUGUGUACCGACGUUGGAUCGAUGAAUUCAUCCCCGGACUCCGCGCGCAGGGGAUAUUCGUUCGCAAGGGACCCGGAACAUCUGUCGAGGAGGUGCGAUGCAUGGUUCGAGAUGAAGCCUUUGCUCGCUUCUUCGUCGAGCUCGAGUACAAGCAGCGGCUCAGGGAGUGGCAGCUGAAAAAGAAUAGGGAGCAUAUCAAGUCCGUGAUUAAGGAGCAGGUCCCCAUCGACAUCGAGUCCCAGCGGAGGGCCUGUCUAAUUUCAGCCAUGCGGAAGAUAGUCAUGGAGGACGACUCGUCUUUCGGGACUGUCCCUCCAGGCCUAAAAGAUAGGGAUGGUUUCUACAAUACAGAAGCUGUAUGCAGCUUUGUCCAGGGGAAUUUGGACCGGGUGGGCGACAUUGCAUGGACCAGGCAACAGCAGAAGGCCAAGGAAGCCAUAUUGCUGAAAGAAUCCAGUCUGAAGGUGGAAGCUGGUAUCGAGGGGAUAGUGUAAUCUAAGACACGCACAGCGAAGAGAAUCAACGCUCCAGAGUCCACCUCUACUUG